AUGACGGCUCCAUUAGAGAGAAUCAAAUUGAUUCUACAGACCCAGGCGAGCAGUUCUCAACUUGGAACGUCGAAGAGGUCCUCCUACUCUGGCUUCCUAGACGCAAUGAUUAGAGUACCUCAGGAGCAGGGGUUUUGGUCUCUGUGGCGCGGUAACUUUCUCAACAUUUGCCGAUACUUUCCAGCUCAGGCGAUCAACUUUUCCUGCUACGAUUUGUAUUACGACGCUUAUCGUUAUAUGAUUCGACCGGAGACUGCCUACAGCCAUCAUCUCCUUCCAUUUUUGGCGGGCGGAAGCGUUGGCGUCACUUCCUGCACGAUUUUGUAUCCGUUCACGUUCUGCAACACCCGAAUAUCGGUAGACGUCGGUGAUAAUAAAAGUAUUAAGCGGGAAUAUUACGGCUUGAACGACUGCAUACGAAAAGUCUACAAAUCCGAUGGCUAUAGGGGCCUCUAUCAGGGACUAGCCUUCUCGGCCUGCGGGAUGUUUCUGUACAGGUCCACUUACUUUGGCGUGUACACAUUCGGCAAGCUCACAUACUUAAGUCAAGGCACGCCUGAGAUUCACUCUGUACAGACGCCGUUAUUAGUGUCUCUGUUCUUCGCUCAAUUAGCAUCUGUCAUAGCGACACUUAUCACCUAUCCUAUGGAGACAAUAGCCAGACAAAAAAUGCUUCUUAGCGGACGUGGCUUGCAAAGUUACGAGUCGUACAGACAUAUGGUCGGUCGGAUCACGCGGAACGACGGUGUGUUCGGUCUUUACAGAGGCAUGUUCGCGAAACUAUUGACGACAGUGUGUGGAUCCCUCAUUCUAGUCACGUAUGACUUAAUCACAGACCAUUACAAGAAAUACAAAAGUAAAAGGUUCCGUCGAAAACUCGAAGAUUUCAAAAAAUCGGACGAACGGUGA